AUGUCGUCUUGGGCGCCUGCAAGCGCCCGAAAACCUGCUCCUCAGCACACCUUUGAUCGUGAUUAUGAGGCUACACGACCUCAAAGGGGUGAAUCGCUGUAUCAAUGGGCAACAGCGGAUUACUUUAACAUGAAUCAUAAAACAUGGCUUAACGGGUAUACAAUGAUUGAUCAUGAAUUAAAAGUGGUACCCAAAACUGAAAAGUUUAUGUUGACUGCUAAAGUGGCAGACGAAGAAUGCGCAAAGUGCAAAGAAAUCAAUCGAACCAGAAAGGAAGGUGAACCAAAGAUUCCUUGCAUCGUCAGUAAAGUUGACGGUCGUUGUGCUCUGUGUCUUGUUACGAAGCAAAAGACUUGGGCUUGCCAAAGCGUAUUGCCAGCCAGCUAUCCUUGGCCUUCAAAUGUUCCUCGCCGUGUUUCAAAACCAGCUGUUCCUCCUUUUCAGCAAUCGUCACCGGUUUCGCCACGUUCAACAUCUCCGGCUUGGACUGUGGACACAGUUGGUGAGGAACGACGUCGUCGUGAUGGACGUGAUUCUCCUCGAGAACGAGCACCUCGUCGUUCUGCCAGUCCGGUAAGGCAACCACGCUAUUACACUCUGAAAGCGCCCACGCCCAAAGAGCCUGCUGAAAUGAUGGCUCAAAGAAAGAGACGACAAUCAGUUUCAGCCUUUGAAGUGGCAAACAGCUCAACGAAAAGCCUUUCUCACCGUGCAUCAACCGUUGAGCCUGGCUCUCGUGGUAAUGAUGACAGUGGAGUUGUUCGACCAGCCGAAAUUGCCAUUAGUACACCACCAAGGCCAGCUCCUGACGAUGACGAUGAACCCGAGGAAGUACACUUUUCAAAGGAACAAAUUGAAGCAUUCAGUCAAAGUAAGAAACAAACAUCUACUUUACCAAAAGAAAGAGCUGGUACGAGACAAUCAACCACAAUCGCUGGAUCUUCUACCAUGUCAAGUCCAAUUGUUGAUCACCUGAAAGGGGUUCAUGACAUGAUUAAAGGAUUGGAAGAUACAAAUUCAGCCCUUCUUAGAGAACGUGCCGAAUUGUUGUCAAAGAUUGAAGAGUUGCAAGCACAUGAUGGUCGUGCAGAACGUGCAAAUAUGGAGUUAAAGAUUGCAACUACGGAGUCAGAGAUUGAAAAUUUGCAAAUCCGAAACAAUAUAUUGCGCCAAAAAAAUAAGGAAUAUGAGAAGAAAAACAAGGAAUAUGAGGAGAAGUAUGAGGAAUCGCAUAAACGAAGCAUUCGAGCGGAGGAGAAAGUUAGUCAGCAUGAGGCAACGAUGAGAAACAUCUUUGGUAUGGUGCAAAAGUACCAAUAA